AUGGGGUUGGGCAUGAAGGAUUUGAAGCCAUGCACAACACCCAUAUAUGGGUUCAUAUGGGACUCAGUCUAUCCCCUAAGAAUGAUUGAGCUUCCCCUCACCACGGGAGAGCGACCUAAACAGGUGACUGUGAUGGCCACGUUCAUUGUGGUGGAAAGUCUGACAGCUUUCAAUGCGGUGCUUGGGAGACCCUCGCUCUACCGCUUGAAGGUGAGGGAGGAGGAGGUUCAUGCUGAACCCAACAAAGAAACUGAAGAAGUGUUGAUAUCCGAGCAUCCGUUGAAAGUGCUUAAGAUUGGGAAAGGACUUUACGAGGACCUCAAAUGCGAGCUAAAGCAAUACCUUGUGGGGAUGGCAGAUGUCUUCGCUUGGAAACAUGAAAAUAUAGUGGGGAUAAGUCCCACAAUGAUGUCUCACCACCUAAACAUAGACCCGUUGGCCCGACUAGUAAGACAGAAGAGGCGGGCCCUUGACUCGGUGCGAUAUGUGGCGUUAAAAGAGGAAGUGGACAAACUCGACAUGCACCGCUCCAUACAAGAAGCCUUCUACCCAGUGUGGGUGUCAAACCUCGUCCUGGUCCCCAAGCCAAAUGGGAAGUGGAGGAUCCCCAUGAACCCAGUAGAUGAGGAACACACAUUUUUCAUAACGGAUAAGGGACUCUAUUGCUAUCGAGUCAUGCCUUUUGGUCUCAAGAAUGUCAAGGCCACAUAUCACAGAUUUGUCAACAAAAUCUUUGCCAACCAGAUUGGGCGCAAUAUGGAAGUAUAUGUGGACGACAUGUUGGUGAAGUCAAAAUAG